AUGAGUAAAUUUUUGAAAUAAAUGUUGUGGUUAGUUUCGAUGAUGAGUUUUGCGGUCAAUGGAAUAAUUGACAUGUAUGGAAAUUAUUUAUUUAUAGAGAAUCUCACGUGAGAGGAUGUUUGGAUGCAAGUUGUACAAAGCUCUGUUUAUUGGGAGUUGCUGAUUGUAGUAAGACGGUGCCAGUGUGCGAAUACGGUUAUUUCUUAUUCAAGGAGAAAUAUUGCGUUAAAUGGUAUAGAUUGCAUCGAAUAUUUUAAAAGUCCUGGAUUCUCGUCAGAUAUGCGAUUUGAUUGCAUGGAUUGUUUGGAAAACCCAACAUCGUGGGCUGAAAACAGGUAAUGUAGUUACGGAUAUGAAAUAACAAAUGGAGAUGCCUUGAGCGGUGUGUUCCAAUAAUAAAACGAUUCAGCAUCAAGUUUAUAUUUCAUAGUAGCCUCUAAUUAAAAGCCAACGAACCUGGUUGAUCGUCAGGUAGACCUACCAUAUGUAGCACAAUUGUGUGAGGGGUGUCAGGAGUUUUGUGAUGAUGAUGGAGAUGAAUCAUGUAACUUUUUUGAAGAUUAUAAUAACAAUGACGUUGACCCACAAGUCGGAGUUUCUUGCUUAGAUGGCUAUUACUUUGAGAAUGAUAAUUGUUUAAAAUGUAGUAGGUAUUGUAUGCAGUGUGAUGAAACAGGAUGUCAAUAAUGUUUCAAAGGCUAUUUAUUGAAAGACAAUGGCACUUGCUAGGAGUGUCCAAUUGGAUGUUUGAAUUGCGAUCUUGGAUUCGAUGGUAUUACAACAGAAUGUUAUGAAUGUGAGCAGGAAGGAUUUGGAGAAUAUUUUUUGCCUAGUUUAUUUUUGGCGACUUGUGAAACGUGUGAAAGUGGAUGUACAAAAUGUGAAUAUAUGACAUAUGACGAUAGUAUUUAUCCGAAAUACUUGACUCGGGAUUUGGAUGUGCCAUUUGAAGAGGAUGUUAAUAAAUAUAUUAAGAGAUGCAGAUAGUGUCGAGGAUCAAAAUAAUUCAUUAAUGCCAGUGGAAGAAGUUGCUCGAAUUGUAACAUCGCUGAUUGCAAAUAAUGUUACUAGGAUUUGGGUGGUGGAGUCACAACUUUGGAUCCUGAUUUCACUCCCAAGGAUGGAGACUUUGAUAUCCUCUGCUAUAUGUGUUCAGCUGGCUAUCAGUUAAGUGCAGAUAAAAAGAGUUGCACCACUUAAACUGAUCCAAAUUGUGCAAUCCUCAAUUCCGAUGGCACUUGCUAAUAAUGUGCCAAUGGGUUAAUGUUUGAUGCUACUACUACUCCAGGGACAUGCACAACCACCAAGUGCAGUUCAAAGAUAUUGAAUUGUCUAGAUUGUUUUGCCUAUGAUGAACCUGAUGCUGAUAUAACAUAUGAUGAAAAUGGGAUUCCAAUCAGCUCCUAAAAAAAAUAAAUAUAGUGUACUAAAUGCAGUCUUGGUUACUAUCCUGACUUCUUUAGUGGAAAAUGUGUUAGAUGCAACUCAAAUUGUUAGCAAUGUUGGUAGAAUACAGAUUCAUAUAACCUCACUCAAAUUAAUUCUGUUUAUUAAGUCUAUUCUUAAACAUCCAAAUCAUUCUUCCUAAAUGAGGAUUUAAAUGAUCCAUAAUGUACAUUAUGUUACAAUGGUUAUGACUUAUACAAUAACGAAUGUCAAGGAUGUGGGGAUGGCUGUCUAUUAGAAUAAGUCUCCAUGUGUGUUUUCGAAUUUGAUACUGCCUAUUGUUCAAAAUGUCCUCCGGGUUAAAGGUCCUUGGUCAAUGAUAAUAGUGACUGCGCCGAUUGUCCACUCUAUUGUGAAGGCUGUAGGGAAAGAACCCAAAGUGAGAUCUACAAUAUCAAUCCAUUAUUCAAUCCAAGUAAUUCAGAUUUUCAAAAAUAUUCCAAUCUUUGUUACAAAAUUAUGAAGAAUUUUGAUGUAACCAAAAACCUAUACCUGGACACACUCACCAACAUGCCUACUGCUUGUAAUUAUCCAGGCACGUCAAAGAAAUGCUACUACACUUCAACCAUCAACUUUGACUUAAAUUGUAAUGAUGAUGAAACUGUCCCCGAUGCCUUAGAUUUAUCAUCGAUCUUCAAAGGUAAGUCAUCCACUGCCACUCUCAUUUUUAAAGACAUCGAAAAAUAUGAGAACUACUUGUUAUUGAACAAAAAUGCUGUACAGGAAAUCACUCUAUUAAUCAACAUACUUGGGUCUGAAUGCAAAUUCACCAAACCUACUCAAUUCAAGACCUAGCUCUAAUAGAAUGUGUUUUCAUUGUUGAAACUCAAUGUACACUUUACCUCCUCUACAUCUGCUACCUUCUAUCAAAUAGGACAUAUUUCCUUCUCUAAUAUCAAUAAUCUGAGAUUUGAAAAUAUUAAAUUUGCAUAUAAUGAAGAAAUAAAGUCAAAAAUAAAGGAUUUCGGAAUCACCUUAAAAGGCAAAUCAAGUGCCUUCACCUUAAUCAAUUCUGAAAUCUCAAAGGAAGAUUCAGUGGUUUUUGGUAUGUUCUCCUUCAAUUUUUCAGGAGUCCAAAAGGUUUCAUUAGAUUAAGUUGAGUUUUCAUACCUGUCACCUAUUGAUCAAUUCCUUAAUUAAAAUUUCACCUAGGAAAGCACCUACACCUUGUCAUUAAAUAAAGUCAAAUUUACUAGAUGUCGAUUCCUCAAUAACAUACAAUUAUUUGAUUAGAAUCCUGUCAACAAUACUAAAAUAACCAUCAAUGAUUUCACUAUCUUUAAAUCAGAGUUUAUCGGAACCAAUAUUUUUGGAUCUCUAAAUGGAAAGACGUAUGCAAAAUUGGACUUGACUAUUACCAAUCUGAAGAUCCAAUUAAGCACAUUCUUAUAAUCUAACUUCAUUAUAAGUAAUUAAUUGAUAGCUAGUUCAAUUUCAAAUGUUGAUAUUUACACAAGUUAAUUCGUUGGUUCGUCAAUUUUUAUGCUGAAUCACAUAAACUUGUAAAACAUCUUUGUAGGAUCUAACAAGCUUUUGAACGAUUCUGUUGUAUUUUCAACAUCUCCUAUUGUGGAUGCAAUGGUUGUUCCAAAAAGUGUAUUGUAAUAAUUUAACAUCAUCAAUGUUCACUUUGAUUAAAAUGAGUGCAACACUAUCAAUUGCUUGAUUUAGUUAUCAACUCCCAUAAAUGUAUAUGAUGUCUAAGCUGAUCUAAAAAUUGAAUCCUUACAGAUAAUAAAAACAGCAACCUUAAUUUACACCUAAGUUAUUAGAUAUAUUGAUUCUGCCAUGUGUGUGUUCAAACAAUUCUAGAAUGUUAAGAUAUCGAAACUGAAAACAGUUGAUAGUUUUGGUUCAAUAGUGUUUUAUUUUGACCAAAUAAAGUCCAUAGAUGUAGACACCUUUUAAUGUGACUCAGUUCAAUCUGAAUAUAUGACUGUAACUGAUGAAAAUGGAGAUGAAAUAGAGAUUAAAAAUCCCUAUAACAAUUUGAUUCCCUCUUCAGAUUAUUGUGCUGAGGAGUUAUGGUCGUCAAAUAAUUAUAACUUUUAUUGUCUAUAUGUGAAUGAAUUUUCACAUGGAGUGAAGAUGAACAACAUCAUAUUAAGCAAUCUGCUGUUGUUAGACUUUAAUGCUAUAGUGAUACAAUCCUAUGACAUUCUAAAAAUGAAGACCACUAGAACCAAGGACAAUUUAUAGCAAUUCUACUCUAAUUAUGAGAAAGAAGUCAUCAUUAUCUCAAACAUUUACGCUUUUAAUAAUACCUUACUCGCCUAUGAUUUGGGAUCACAAUUGUCUUUAAUAUUAAUUAAAUCCCAAUAGGAAUAAUAAAUUAUUAUAAACAAAGCGCAAUUCGAGAGCAAUCACUUGCAUAAGUCAUCCUUAUAUCAAAUGAUGAUCAGUGCCACUAUCUUAGUAGUUCAAUCAUAAUAAGCAGUGAUGAACAUAUCCUAUGCUACAUAUGAGUAUAAUCGAGCCACUAAGUUUGAAUAUGGAUUAAAUUAUGUUUUAGUAAAAUCUCUGAACAUGGAUAAUUGCUGGUUUAAAUCAACCAAUCAAUUUGAAGGAGUUUGGUUCAACAAGUUAAAUGAAAAUUAGAUGAAUAAUACCCUGUAAGUCUGGGAAUUUUUUUAGGUAAAAUCCAAAGGAUCUAAUUUAUAUUUAGUGACUCAGGAAUUGAAUAUGAAGGAUUGCUAAUUUAUCAAUAGUUUUGGAUUGGAUGGUGCAGGAAUAUACAUAGUCACUUAAGGGGCAGGCAAUUUAUUCAUAAACAAUACAAUCUUCAAGAACAUCAAGACCAAUUUAGACUAAAAAUACUUGACCCAAGGUGGGUGCUUAUCCAUUGAUGCCAAAGCAUCAGCUCUGUCACUCACCUUAUCUUAUGUUAACAUGGAAGAUUGUGUGAGUAGAUCCAAGGGUGGUUGCAUUUGGGUGGGUUCAUCAAAGAACUAACAAUUAAUUUAAAUUAGUGAUAGCAAAUUUAUCAAAUGCCAAUCAUUGACUUCGUAAUUCAUGGAUGUCUAAUUCUUCGACGUAGUCAAUUAAAUAAUGUCUAUGAACAACAUAAAGAUCGAGAACAAUAAUCUCCAGGACUUUUUGUCUCGAGUACCUGAUUUAUCAGAAACUGAAAUUGAUCUGUUCAAAACAUCAGCCUCUGUUUACACAUAAGUAAAUGGAUAAUUGAGGAUGAACCACAUAUCUAUAAAUAACAUAGUAAACUAGAACAUUAUCUACGCAGCAAACCUAUACCGUGGAUAUUUCAAUCAGAUUUAAUUUGUAAAUAAUACGAUUUUCAGUGCUCCUUUGAUGCGCUUUACCUUAAAAGACGAAUUGGGUACUGCCUAUUUAGGUUCAAUUACAUUCUCUAAUAAUAAUUAAUUUAUACCUUAAAAAACAGUUAGUAUAUGUGCCAACCUCUUUUUUGUAAUCCCAACAGAAGCCUAUGAUGAAUAGACUUGUGAUAUUUGGUAAGAAAACAUCGCUUUGGUUGAUUAGAUAUUUUCUGAUUCCCUCUUAGUCAUUGAUGAUUUAGAAUUGGAUGAUGAAUACUUAGAUAUGACUGACAAAUCCAAAUAUGGAUGGGAGGAAAUAGAUAAUUAAUUGCAACCAACUGCUGAUGAUGUUCCCCUCAAUUUUGUCUAUGAUUAGAAUGUGAAGGAUUGUAUAUUCUAUCAACUGUUCAGUGAAAUUUCAAACAGAACUUCAGCUUACAUCCAAAUACUAAAUCUCAGAGAAGGAAAUUAAAUCAAAAUAGAAGGACUUGAAUUAAGCAAUAAUAACUGCACUGUCUGUACCUAUGGAUUAGUAUAGAUUAUCCAAGUUGACUAAGCAGUUGACAUUAUAACUAUCAAUUAUUUGCUUUGUGUCAACAAUCACCUCUCCUAUUUCGGAUGUUUAGCCAUUACUCAAGAUAGUCAAUUGGGAGAUAUUCAUUUCAAUAAACCCUUAUAUGGAAGGAGAUUGCUGGCUCAAACCAAUGGCUAGUAAUCAAUAUAAGUAAAUAACUCAAGGAUAAUAAAUAAUAUGGCUGCUGUUGGAUCAGGUCUUAGUAUAAUUAGUUUGAAUGUAGUGUUUGAUAAUUGUGAAUUCUCCAAUAAUAUAGCAUCAUUAGUGGGGGCUGGAAUCUAUUACGAAUCAAUGAAUUCCUAUAUUUAGAUAUUCAAUUCUAAAUUCAGCUACAACUAAGCUUAAGCUGGAUCUGCCAUCUAUUUAGAGGGAACACAAUUGAGCAAUCAAACCAAGUGUAAGAACUCAUAUGUAUAAAAUAUUGGCACAUCAACCUAUGAGGAUCCUGUUGGAUUGAAAAUCACAAUGAACAAUUAGAAAAUACCGACAAUUCCAUUUUCUAAGUAUACAAAUGAAGAUGGAGAUGUUAUAUCUAGUACUAUAACAAUGAUAGAUAAAGUGUCAAUGUAAAAAGUGCAAUUGCUGAAUUAUCCUGAAAUAACUGAUCUCUUAAUUAUACCUUCAGGACAAAAGAUUGGAAAUUACAAGUUCUAUCUCAUUGAUACCAUGGAGUAGAUACCUUAUGAUUGGAAUAUGAAAUUAAUAUAUUUGAAUAGAUUUGAUGAGAAGUUAGCCUAAGAAUAUUCUUCAGAUUUAUGUUACAUAGAUGCGAGAAUAUAGAACCUUAGUUUUUAUGAUAAUUCCAAAGCUUAUUUGAGUAACUUUACAAAUUAUGAUACCUUGAAUUACAAUGUGGAGGAUUCCUCUUUUGAUUUGGAUAGCUUGAUAAUUACAUUUGAUCCAUACAUGCACGAAGAUCUAUAUUUAGAAUUGAGAUGUAUGAUAAUUGAUAAUAUUAUUUAGUUUAUUGUCAGAGUGUGAAAAAGCCUGUUUUACAAGCUGAAUACCCAUAUAAUGUAUUGUCCUAAAAUAACAACUAUUAUUUAAUAGCAAAUAUUCGAACCUAUCCUUGUCAAUUGGGGGAGGCUUAUUACGAUGGAAAAUGCGAGGCUUGCGAUAUUAAUCAAAAGAAGUUCAGUGUAGUUCCAAACUCGCCUUAAUGUUAAUCAAUUAGUUAGGAAAGUAUGCUUGAUGUUACUCCAGUCGGAAUCAAAUUAAAAUAAGGGUGGUAUAGACCUUACAUAGAUAAUGAUCAAUUUGAGUAUUGCUUAAAUCUUCCUGCUAAUUGUAAUGGCGGAUGGAUACCAGGCAACCCUUCAUGCUAUACUGGUCACAUUGGUGCUUUAUGUGAAAGUUGCGAUCUAUACGCUCUAAAUAACGAUAUUCGGUAUUCUAAUACUGAGAAGUAUGUCUGCUCUCCUUGCCAAAACACUAAAGAUUCAAGUAUAGGAAUAUUAGCAGGAAAUACCAUUGCAACAGUGGCUUCUAUCACCUUAUCGGUAAAAGGUACAUACGAAUUGGUCAAUCAGUUUUUGAUGGUUAAAAGUUUGGUUUUAAUGGGAGCUAGAUUCAAUCAGAAUGCUAAUCAAUUGGCCACGCUCAUCAAAAUGUUAACAAACUAUUUCCAGAUCAUACAAAUCGUUAAUCAAUUCUAAUUGGUUUUACCUAAGGGAUUGACCAAAACCACUGAUGCUGCAGGUAACCCUACGAAAUCAAGCUCAUUUAGUUUGGAUUGUCUACUUCAACCAAUGACAGACAUCAAUAUGCUGUACUUUAGAAUGAUUUGGGCUCUGGUUAUGCCCUGCAUCUAUUUGAUCAUAUAUUUUGUACAAUACUUCUUUGGAGUCAUGAUUGGUAAAAUACCUUACAAGGCUCCUAUGAUUACCACAGCCUUUAUCUAUAUGUUCAUUUUUACACAGCCAACUCUAGUAGGAGGGUUCAUCUAAUUGGGAAGUUCAAGAAUCAUAUCUGGUGUCAAUUGGGUUUAAGCAGAUGUUGCUUAUCGAAGUGACACUGAUGAACAUUAAUUAUGGGUUGCUGCAUUCGUUGCGCCUAUGAUUGUCAUCUGGGUUGCUCUCCUGCCAUUGAUAUUCCUUUAUCGAGUUUACACUUAUAGAUUCCACUUGAAUAAUCGACAUAUUCGUUCGAGAUGGGGAUUCUUUUAUAAUGAAUACGACACCUCAGCCUAUUAUUGGGAGUUUGUGAAAAUCUUUCAGAAAGAAUUAAUGGUUAUCUUUCUCACCUUUUAUGAGGAUUACGUUCUCAUAAAGGGGGCUCUGGUAAUCCUGGUCUUGCUUUACUAUUCAUGGAUCUAAAUUAAUACUAAACCAUAUGCAAAUAAUGAUCUCAAUCAUCUUGAUCGUUAUUCGACUAUCGUAUGCAUCAUCACCUUAUUGAUUGGUUUAUUAAUUUACACCUCCCAGGAAUAUGACACAUAAUAUCUAAUAAUUAUCAUGUUUGUUUUAUUAGGUAUUUUCAACUUGUUAUUCUUGAUACAAAUCAUAUUUAAGAUAUUCGAAGGCUAUCUAGUUAAACUUUCAGAUAAGAUCGACCCAUUUAGAGAUAAAAUCGUAGCUCGCAAGCCUAAUAUCAUUUAUCAAUAUCCAAGUCUAAGAAAAUUCCUGAGGAAUAAACAAAAAACCACUCAAAGAGUUAAUGAACUCUGGUGUGCAUUGAGGUCUUACACUAAAGAACAAAUAAGAAAUAGGAGAAACAACUUACCAAAAUAUGAAUUGAUUAACAAUGCUCCCUAUGACUUUGAGGCAGCCAAAUUACCUAGAGACCUUGCAGCAGCAAUCAUUCCAAUUAUGGAUGACUAAGUUCCAGAAUAUUUAAUGAGUGGAGCCGCCAAGGAAUUCUUGGAAAAAGCCAAUGGACUUGCUGAUACUUUUAAAGAUGAUCCGAAUCAAACUAAAUAAGAGAAGAAGCCAGAUAAUAAUAAGGAUUAGGGAUUUUUGGGUGGCUUGAAAUCAUAUAUGCCUUAAUCUGUGAAGGAUAAAAUUGAGAAAGCAGAAAAAAAGAUUGAUGAUGUUAAGAAAAUGAAAGAGCAAACCGAGAAUAUUGUAGCCAAAGGAAAAUAAUUAGGAGGAAUUAAGGAUUAGCCUACAAAUGAGGAGGAGGCCAAAUUAAAAUAGAAUGAAGAUCCACAAUAAAAGCAAAGUGAACAAGAGAAAGAGAAAGAAUAGGGAGGAGGAGGAUUCUUUGGAUCUAUCAAAUCAUUUAUGCCCGAUAGUGUGAAAGAAUAAAUUAAGAAGGCUGAAGAACAAUAAAAAUAAAUUCAAAAAAAUAUAGAUGAAGCUAAAAAAAUGAAGGAGAAACUUGAAUUAGCUGCCUAAAAUAAGGACAACUUACUUUAAACUGGAGUUGAUUUCAUGCCUGAAGAGAUGAAGGCUCAAAUGAAGAAGGUUGAGGAAGAAAAAAAGAAAUUAGAAUAAUAAUAUUAACAAGCUAAAGAGAUGGCCGAAAAGGCUUAAAAUACUGCUAACAAUAUUCAAAAGGGUAAUGUCUAAGGAUUAUUACCAGGCGACAUCUAAAAUAAAUUAAAAGAUUUAGAAGAAUAGAAAAAAAAUUUAGAAAAUAACUUCCAGAACCAAUUGAAUACCGAAAAGUCUCCCUUAGAUAUCGGUAAUCAAUCAUAGCAAUUCCUGUUGAAUUAGGACAGUUAGUUUGACGUCUUUAAAAAUGACCCCAUGCGUAUAACUAAUAGCAACUUCUAAAAUUUUGGUGAUAAUCUAAAGAAAAAAUGA